AUGCGAUGGAGUUUGCACAGAGGAUUGUGGCAAGGUGUUAUCUUGAUUUUCCUGUCUGAGAGCAUCAACAGUCAAAUCAACUUUUCAUCGAUCCCAUGCGGCACCGGCGGAAGCAGCAGCAGGAGACAGCGAAUAGUCGGUGGUUCCGACGCGGUGCGUGGCCAAACGACGUAUAUUGCAAGUCUCAUGAAGUACGGUGGCCACUUCUGUGGCGCAACGGUAUUGAACGAACGAUGGCUAAUCUCGGCCGGUCAUUGCGGGUGCAAUGGUCUCAACAAGCCGAUACGUCCGGCUCUUAUUAAAGCAAUUCUCGGACUGUACAAAAUUUCUGAACUCAAAGGAAACCAAAUCGGAGAAAUUGAUAAUGGACUUGGUACUGCGUAUGAAAUGACCAUCAAGUCCAUCGUGCUCCAUCCAGAGUACUUGUGUAGUAAGCCGUACAAUGACAUUGCCCUCCUGGAGUCUACCAAGGUGAUCUUUUUCAAUCAAAACGUGCGACCAAUUUGCCUGGCCACCAGCCAAGAUUCUUCCGGCCACGUCGAGGGUAAACUGGCGGCCGUAUCGGGCUGGGGCUGGAGUCACGAAAAUCGCAAGGAAGGAGUCAAACCCGAUACGUUGCAACGGGCAGUGGUGGACGUGUUCCGGAAUGAGGACUGUGAAGCAUUCUACCGCGAUGGAAAUCGACCGAGGACCAUCGCAAAUACACAACUUUGCGCUGGUAAACGAACCGGUGGAAUCGAUUCGUGUUGGGCAGACUCCGGAGGGCCGUUGGUGACCAACGGUGAUGUUCUGAUUGGUAUCGUGUCAACGGGAAUUGGAUGCGCGAGGUCGGGAUUUCCGGGAAUCUACACGAGAGUAAGUGAAUUUACCAACUGGAUUGGUGAAAUCGUGAAACGAUGAAAAGUUUGUCGUCUGAUGAGUGAUUUGUUUUAACAAAAUGUGAUAUUUCUACCUCGUUGUACAAUCUGAUCUUCUAGUCUUAGGUUAUUAAAAAGUUUACAGU